AUGAACGCCACCCAAGAACGACUGCCCUGUGGCCGCUGCCAGGUGGGUGGGGAGGAACGUCUGAUUAGGAAGUGUGGGGGCGGGGCCGGAGUUCUAGGAAAUAGGGCGGAGCCGACCCGGAAGUCAGCUGGCCUCCGUGGGAAACGCGCAGUUGGCAAGAGGAAGGAAGCUCGUGGUCGCCCCGCGUCCCCGUCCCUUCUCGGCGCAGAGACCUCACUCACCCGGCUCCGCGGCCCGGGUGCUCCCACGUCUCCCAGAGGCUGUUUGUUCCCGGCCCCGCGAGCCUCCCCGGAGCGCGGGACCUCGGCCCGGGCUCCUCUUUGUAGCCGCGGCGGGUCCCGCUCCCCGCGACGCCGCUCGGGACGCAGCCGGCCGAGCUCUGGCCGAGCCGGGGCGGCGGGACGAGAGAGUUUUCGGAACUUCUCUUGUGCUUGCAAACAGCGACAGUCUCAAGCUGGGAAAGCAGCGUUGGGUGGACCGGGCAGGCGAGGACCGCGCCCCACCGAUCGCAGGCGCUCGGCCCCGGAGACGGGGCUUCCUCAGUCUUGGACUGAAGACUUUGGGCGGUGCUCAGAGGUGGAGGUACAGAUACACGCCAGGCUACCUUUUGCGGGUUACUCUCCUAAAACUGCUGGGAGGAAUGUCGCUGGCUCGCACUACAGGUCUUCUUUUGCUGAUACUGCUGCUGAUAGAACCCAGGAAGACUCUGAGCAAUCUCAGUCCAGACCUGGACAGUCCUGGUGUGAAGUCCAGGGCUCAGUGGACACAAAGCCUUUCCUUCAGUAUGACAGUGACAGAAACAAGGUCAAACCUUUGUGUCUCCUGGAGGAGGAGGUAAAUGCCACCAAAGCAUAGACAGAAUUGAGCCAAAUGCUGGGAGAAGUGGGGCGAGAGCUCAGGAUGGUCCUGUCUGUCAUCACACCGGACAAAAGGGAGACCAGGGAACCACCAUUAAAUGCCCCAGAUAAUGACCAGUCUGCAUCCAUCCAAUUAAUUGAAUGGAUCAUCCCAUUGAUUUUCACCUGCUUAGUCCUAAUUGGCUUCGUUGUCAUGAAACUUACGAAGAAAUCAGGGACCACAGCAGGUGAGAUUCAGGCUGGCCUCUGGCUCCUGGGCCUGUCAUGUUCUGGUAAGGACUUGGGAGAGGUGAGCCACGGGUCUCACCCAAGCGCCUGUCCACUGACCCGUCUCUACCUAGAAAUGCUGUACUUUCUCAGUCUUGGGCCCCCGCACUUCCCAGUAGGUCUGGGGAUUACUCUGCUGUUGGGGUAG